CGUCCUUGCGAUCUCCUCGCGCCAUCCACUAUCGAAACCCGAAAGGAAGCUCAUUUGUAUAGCCCACCAUGCAUUUGAUGUACACAUUGGACGAGAGCGGGAGCAGAAUAUACACUCUCAAGAAAGUUACUGAUGCUGGACACAUCACAAAAUCUGCGCACCCUGCGCGUUUCUCGCCGGAUGACAAGUUUUCACGUCACCGUGUAACGAUCAAAAAGCGCUACGGCGUUCUUCUUACACAACUCCCCAGCAAGCCCAUGUAACCACCCCUUUGGAUCGCAGUCCCGCUGGGUACAAGCGGCGACUGUGCUCUAGCGUGUGGCACAGGCGAUGUUAUUCCUGGUCCCGAGGCUUCCGUUCCCAUCGAUGCUGCUGUAGUCUGCUGUAGUCCUCAGGCACGCUGGCAGCGAGAACGGAGCGGUAUGAUGGGCCCGGGUUUUGCUAUUGCGCAUGUUCUAAUGUUAUUGCUAUGCAUGCUUUGUGUAUGUCGAAGAUGUGUAUUUUUAGGUGAAACCUUUCACGUGAAGCUUGCGCAUGCUGCAAACGCACAC